AUGGCCGCAGCGACUAUUCCCUUUGGCGCUUUCAUUAGCCAUGAGAGUGAUUCCUCAGCCUCUAUUCGAGGGCCUGACCCAGUCUUCCAUCGAGACAACAUCACAAAAUCCUCGCCUACAGAUGAUGACCUAUCUAGGCUGCAAUGGGGGCAACGUCUGAACGGGCCAGAGAAGAACAGACCUGGCACGGUCUCUCCCAUUGAGCAAUCGAUCCCGCCCACGCCUGGAGACUUGGAACAAAGCCGACCAGCGACACCAGCAGGAGCCCAAGCAGUUGGUGCAAUAGUUCAAUCAUUCUCGAACCCUCCCAGAAAUCGCUGGAGAGUUGCAUCAGCGACCGUCUUCUUUUUGAUGAUGGGGAUGAAUGAUGCAGCGACAGGUGCUUUGAUCCCUUACCUCGAAGUCGAAUACAAUAUUGGCUAUGCUAUUGUCUCUCUGAUUUUCGUUACAAAUGCAUUUGGCUGGCUCGUUAUGGCUCCAGUGUCUCAAAUGAUCGAGGCCCGAGCUGGUCGAUCUCGUUCUUACAUCAUCGCUGCAAGUCUUAUGAGUAUAGGUUACACCGCCCUGGUGUGUGCACCACCAUUCCCUGUUGUGGUUAUGAGUUUCUUCCUCCUCGGCCUCGGCAUGGCCUUGUUCUUGGGAAUGACCAAUGCUUUCAUCGUUAAUCUGGUGAAUGGCACCGUUCUUCUGGGUCUGUGCCACGGCAUAUACGGCCUUGGUGGUGUUGUUUCACCUAUCAUAGCAACUGCAAUCGUCUCCAAAGGCAUUCGCUGGUCGUAUUACUACUUCAUCAACCUUGGUAUAUCCAUCUUUUCGAUCUUCUUCAUGGCAUGGUCCUUUAAAGGAUUCGAAAAUGAUGCUUCUCAGCAGCUGCUCACCAAUCUCGAACUCACCGCUUCGCGACAAGCAUCUGCAGCAGGAGAGCCGACAAAGUUACAGCUUCUCAAACGAGCAUUGAAGAAUCGGACCACCCUCCUUGGUGCUGCAUUCAUAUUUUUCUACCAAGGCGCAGAAGUUGCGAUCUCCGGUUGGGUCAUUUCGUAUCUGAUCCAUUAUCGAAAGGGAGACCCAGCUCACGUAGGAAACGUCACGUCCGGUUUCUGGGGUGGUAUUACCGUGGGAAGAUUUGUCCUCACUCAUUUCUGUCACAAGAUGGGAGAGAAGCUGGCAGUAGUGCUACUCAUUGUUGGAGCUGGCACUUUUCAACUUCUUGUUUGGCUCGUUCCCAACAUCAUUGGUAAUGCAGUUGCGGAGGCCCUAGUCGGUCUAUUCCUCGGACCUAUAUAUCCGUGUGCAACCGGUGUCUUCUCGAAGCUCUUACCUCGGAGCAUGCAGAUUGUCAGUCUCAGCGUGACCACUUCUAUGGGAUCCUCAGGAGGUGCACUUGUGCCUCUCAUCACUGGUCUCAUGGCACAAAGUCUGAGCACAGUCGUACUGCACCCAAUUGUUCUCAUUUCAUUUGCGGCGAUGAUUGGUACCUGGAUAUCACUUCCCCGGAUCGGAAAGAGAACAGAAUGA